AUGAGCGCCACAAAGAACGUAUAUGGGGUUGGCGGUGGGCAUCCUAGGAAUGGUCUCGUGGCGUUGUAUGCUAAAUGUGGUCGAAUAGAUCGUGCUAGGGCUGUGUUUGAUGGUUUAGGUGAAAGGACGGUUGUUUCCUGGACUUCGAUGAUUUUGGGGUAUGCCCAAAAUGGCCAGCCUUUGGAAGCUUUGAUAAUUUUUGGUCUGAUGAGAAAAUUGAAUGUGAAACCGGAUUGGAUCGUUCUUGUUAGUGUUCUAAAAGCUUAUACUGAUGUAGAAGACUUGGGACAUGGGACAUCUGUUCAUGGUUGUUUGAUUAAAAUGGGUCUUCAAUUUGAACCUGACUUGCUCAUUGCACUCACGGCAAUGUAUGCAAAAAGUGGGCAGGUGAUGGCUGCCAAAUCAUUUUUUGAUCAGAUGUAA